GUAAAAGAAUUAAUAAUAGAGAAUGGAUUUGACCAACCAAUAUUACCAAAUAUUAUUCCGCUAUCAGUAAAGAGUUUAACAGUUUCAAAAUUAACACAUCCAUUAGUAGUUGGUUCAAUUCCUUCAAGUAUAGUAGAGUUAACUCUUAAUGAAGAGUUUGAUCAAACUAUUGAUUCUGCAAAUUUGAUAAUACCAAAUACAAUUAAAAAACUUACUCUCUUCAAUCAUAAAGUUCAAAUUGGAAUUGGUGUAUUACCAGAAGGUUUAGAAGAAAUUGAACUUAAAGAUGGUUAUAGUCAUCCGAUACCUAUAGGUUGGUUUCCUUCAUCUGUCGAAACACUCCAUGUUGGCAAUAUUAAACAACCUUUAGUUGAAAACUUAAUUCCUGAAACUAUUCAAGAUUUAUUUUUAACAGAAAAUUUUAAUCAAAUAUUUAAUCACAACAUAAUACCA